GCGAAACUGGGGUCGUCCAACGUCGGGUUUCGAAUGCUUCGAGCCGCGGGAUGGCGAGAGGGCGAGGGUCUCGGCAAGGAGAAGCAGGGCGCGAAGGAGCCGCUGCGGGUGUGGAAAAAAGGGGAUCGUCGCGGCCUCGGCACCGAGAGCGACGUCGGGCACGUCGUCGGCGACCCAGACGCGGAG